ACUGGUGCAGCAUAGGAGUCAUACCAAGCAUAGCCUGCGUGUCAGUGCAGUCGACUUACAGCUGGCUGUGAGGAGAACUGACGCUACUCUUUUUUUGUUGCUCUAUCACCGCGAUACAUUUACCCAUAUUAAAAAAAAAACUUGGUGUCAAUCUUCUCCGCAGGGUUUUAUUUGUUUUUAAAGGGGGGUUUCUGUAAAACUAAAGUUGGAGGCUGGGCCUUUUAGCUUUUUGAUCGUCGCUUGAGAGGAGAAGAAGAAAAAAGCUGGUCUUCUUUUGUAAAAACUCGAUAAAUGCUACUAACGAAAAUGGACCUGUUGAACUACCAGUACCUGGACAAAAUGAACAACAACAACAUUGGCAUACUCUGCUACGAAGGUGAAGCCGCUUUAAGGGGUGACCCCAGACUCCUGUCUCUGUCCUCGUCUUCCUCAUCCUCCUCUUCUUCGUCGUCAUCGUCGUCCUCAUCUUCCUCCUCCAUCUCCAACCACAGGACAGGUCCUCCUCCCAUUAGCCCCACCAAGAGGAAGCUAAGCGGGGACCAGGGGGACAGCGACAUGGACGAUAACGAGCAUGUGGCAAAGAUGAGCCGACUGUUUGCUACACAGCUGAAACCUCAUGGAGACUACCGCAGCUCUUCCAUCGUCAAGGACCGGAGCCGGAGCCCCAUUGAGCGUGUGGUGGUGCCCGGCACUCUGGGAGUCCACAGCAACCACCUGUACAGCCAUGCCCACCACCACCAUCACCACCUGGCCAGCUUAGCCGGCAUGGACCAGCCACUGGCACUCACCAAAAACAGCAUGGUGGAGUCUGCACGCAGUAGCACAGCAGCUAUGGCCACAGUGCCGCACACAGUCAGCGCCGUGGAACGCCAGCAGAAUCGUCCUUCAGUUAUCACAUGCGCCCCCGCCAACAACCGCAACUGCAACCUGUCUCACUGUCCAGUCUCACACAACGGCUGUGCAAGCCUCGCUAACAACUACAGGAGAAUCAACACCAAUACAGCAUGCGACCCAGUAAUUGAGGAGCAUUUCCGCCGCAGUCUCGGGAAGAACUACAAGGAGCCCGAGCCCACCGCCACCAACUCGGUGUCCAUCACAGGCUCCGUAGACGACCACUUUGCCAAGGCACUGGGCGAGACCUGGCUGCAGAUUAAAAACAAGGGGAGUCCCUCGUCAUCCGGCAGCAGCCCAAACUCCUCCCCCGACAGUCACAUGGUCAAUCACAACCACUCCCCUUCUGUGGUCUCCUGAAGGAGGAGGGGUUUAACAGGGAUUCGCCCCCGUUUCCCCAGCUCUCCCAAUCAUCUCGGCUCCAACACCCACACCCUUGUCACUUUGGUCUAUCACCAGCAUCCCAGGGGGAAUGCCUGCCUGCUGGUCUGCUAAAAACAUCUGAAACCCUCAAGCCUGCUCUAUCUCUAUGCACUCAGAGGAUCAAUCAAGCAAUAACAACAUGGUUGUUUUUUCCCCGUCUAUCCUCUCGUAUGGUAUUGCCAGAAAAUAAUCAGUAAUGAGUGAUGAGUGUUCAACUUUGGGACUCGACUGGAGCAUCAAGCUGCUCCUUCCAAUCAUUCAUCAUCCCUGCAUGUCAAGCUUGGAGCUGAGCAAGUGUCUGUAGUUAUAUGUACAUAAAGAGAGAGGAACGGUGGUGUUUUAAUUAUUGAUUUUCUUCUUUUGUUUUAUUUUGUUUAUUUCUUUAACAGUAGUUUUGUGUACUGCUUUUGCGUUAUGGGAUGCCCGACAUUUGAAAGAAAAGAUAAGUGAGAAACACUUUGGAGAAAAUGAUCACAAACCACCUGACUGUGCUACCAAAGAAACCUCAGACACUGAUGUUUAUCACCGGCCACCUCGAAAACAUAGCAACAAAAAGCCAUCUUGUAAUCACCCUUUUGUUUUUAUAUAUUUUUUUUAAUUCUCUCACCUUCCUUCUCUCUCCCCCUCUCGCUAGUGUGUAUGUGUUCUGGUGGUGUUGUUACUGUAUGUUCAUACUUAGGUGAUCGACUCGGUCUAAUUUGCACUACUGCCGUAGAGGGUAAAGGGUGGCAUGUCAAUAUUGUAAUCUGGCACUGCACACACUGGGACUGAUAAAGCUGUUUUGGCACAGUCUGGUAUAAUCCAGCUUUUGUUGGAACCUCUAUUUGAUUCCAUUAACUGUUAUUUAAUAUCGACCUGGGCAUAAUUUCAUCCUGGCUCUGACAGAAAAGUACGAUCCACAUUAUUAUGUAUUAUUUUUUUUGGAAAAAUGGAAAAUGCAUACCAGUGGGGCUGGGCAGUAUAAAAUGUUAGAGAUAGGCAAAGUAAUAAGGAUGUGGAUACUAUGUGUUCGAAUAGAAAGUGAAUUUUGUCACAUCAGUGCAUGUUGAUUAGUGCAGCUUUAAACUACAAACAAACAUGCUUGCGUGAUUAGAGAAGGCGGGCGUUAAGAAAAAGGUUGCUUGCAUUGUCCUCUGGCAACCACUGUCAGGCCUAAUCUACUUAACAUGCUUGAAUAGUGCCAAAUUGUUGCAUUUCAUUUUACAAGCACAGUCAGGUUGUCAAAUUAGCCAACUGUGGUGUCGAUUGACAUCCCAGCCAUUAUGAGAGGAGAUCAGAGCUGAAAACAACGCUGCAUGUCACUUUGUGGUCGGAAAAAAAAAGUCUGGUUUCUCGACCGGGGGAGAGAAGAUUAUUCAGAUCUCUUCAAACACGCCUUUGUUUUUGUGUCUCUUUGAACACGGGUGUUGUAAUUGUAUUUGGCUUACACCCUGCCGACCCCUCCCCCUCCUACACACUGUGGUUUGGUAGAUUUCUACAAGGUUUGAAGGGUAAACUAAUGCUUUUACAGAUGCAUGUUUUUGUUUUUUAAUAGCUGGUAUCUAUUAAUGUUUUUAAGCAUUUCAAUCUUAACUACUAUUAGCCUUUUCAUUUGGACGUUAGUUGUUACUUCUUUCGUUGUCAGUAACAGACAUAGACACUAUACACUCACUGCUGGGUCAGUCGUACUCCAUAUUAUUUUUAUUGUUAUUACCAUUUUUUAUUUUUGUUUUCCAAUAAUAUCAGUAUGGUAACAGACACCUAUAGUGGGACAGCCUCUGGACAGGCUCUGUUUAACGCUGUGUUCCUCGAAACCACCUCAGCACGGUGAUUGAUUGGCUCAUUCCCGCAGCAGAGCAGUAAUCGUUCGAGUGUUGAGUUGGCUUCAGGAUAUGCAGCCCGUAAAGGUUUUCUUAAGAUGUUGAUCCAUCGGUGGUACGUGAUGCUACAACCUUCAGCAUGGCCGAGGGGAGACACCAAAUUGGCACAAAUUAGUCAACAGGGCCUUGUUUUCCUGAAAAACAUCUAUAAUGAGAUAAUGUGGGCUUUAUUCUUAUGAUUCUGUUUGGAUGUCCUGUUAAAAUCACCACCUUGGUACAAACAAUAUUGCUGCAUUUCAAAAAGUACUUUGUACAGCACAGGCUAAAACGCUACGAUGCUUUUGGGAGACAAAAUGUUGUUUAUGGUAAGAGCUAGUGAUGCCGGCUCCAUUUAUGUUUAAAAGCUGUGAAACACAGAUCAAAACAAAACAUUUGCUGAUAAUAAGGGUCUAUAUCUGAAUUUAUGGUGUGAUGUCACAGCUCCUUCAGCCUUCAUCAGUUGACUUUUUGUGUCCUGACUUGGUGUCCAGACGUUUUUUUUUUCUUUUCUUGUAAUUCAAUGCUUUCUUUUCUGAACAACAUUGUAUUGUUGCUGCAGUUAAGCCAGACUGCUGCAGUCUGAGAAAAUGAAUUGUACUCGUUACUCGUGUUAAAGAGCCUGCAACGUGGUGGCAAACAUUCCUCCUAUAAGGAACUUUGUAAAGGCCUCCUAUACACUCAGUAUCUCCAUAUCAACAGACAGAGCUGAUAACGAGCCAAGGACAACUGUCCCAGAGUUUCAUGCCAACAGGGUUGCUUGUGUCUUUACCAGAAUUACAAGGUGUCCACUUUUGCUUUAAUAAUUGAUUAUUUUAUUUUUUGCAUCAAGCAAAUUGGCCAUAAAUUAACACUGUCUGACAAAGGAACAAGCAUGCAUUUAUGACAUAUUUUUGAGGACAUUAGAGCAUAGAAUAAAGAGAACUGGGGCUGUAACAGUAGACACAGAUGUGAGUCAUUCUGUAGCAGAAGUAUAGAAUAAUUUCAUGUCUCUGAGCAGAGGUUGAAAGACGACAAGGCAUAUAUGUGUUUGUGAUGGAUGCACUCAUCAUACUUGAUAAUAAUGACCUGAACCAGAUUUCUCUAAAUGGAACGCUUUCUCUGUGUUCUAGAUGUACACACAUUCCAUCCUCAACUCAACAGAUCUGAUGGUGAAAGUUCUAGAAUCUUCAGAUACACAUUUUCAAUCAGAACGCAACUGCCAAUAAUUGAAUUUCCCAAAUACAAAUAAGUACUCAAUCUAAAUGUGCUUUCUGUGACAGGUUCAGAGUGAUUUGGAUGGUGAUUUUUAGCAGGCGGGGGGGGGGAAAGCGAAGCAGAGCUUCAGGAGCUGAGCUUCUGUAAGCAGGACCUGUGAGCCAGGAUACGUUCAGCGGACACAGUCUUUUAAAGCCUCCCUCCUCCCCUCAGAUUCAGAUUCAGCUGACCCUGAUUAAGAUUUGAUGUUCUAAGCAACAUGCUAGAAAACACGAGGGAAAAGGGCUUAGUGUCCAGAGGAGAUUGUUUUUCUAUUAUUCUUUCUCAUUAUCAUUUCACUACCACCCUGUAAGUAGGAGGCUCUCUUUCUGCUUCGGCACACACUCCCUACACACUGUAGGAAAAUCACUUAAUAAAAAAAAAAAAUACUUUUUUAUAAUAGGUAACUAUAAGACUAUCAUUACGCUGUGCGUAACGUAUGUACAGAGAAAAAAAUCGUAGGUAUUUUUUUGAGGAACAAUUAAUUUGUUAAUGAUAUGUAGCUAUUUAAUUGUUGUUUUCCCUGUCCUUAUAUUGUAAUCAUUGCAUUUUCUUUUUUGUGAAAAAAGUUGAUCUUUUUUGUUUAUAGAGUUUGUCUUGUUAGAGUAAAGGUUCAAGUGCAGGAACACAGUAAACGUAUGAAACCCCAAUAAGGCCACUGGUGUGUCGGUGAAAAUCGCUACUUCCAUUGGUCCCUGAUGUUCUGCAGUCAUUUAACUUGUGUUCGAUUAUGUCACUUCUGAGACAGCUGAACAAAAGAGGUUGUACUUUAAGAGGCCUCUUGAGCAAGUUGCAAGUUUUGCAUUAAUGGAACAAUAAUUUUGCCACUAGCCCAGUGAGUCCUGCCAACCAUUUCUAAAUCAUUUCUAUUUAACUAUUAAAAAAUACAAUAAAAAUUAACAUUAGUUAUGGGCUAGCAGGCAGGUAAGUUUUCCACCACUGCAUGUAAGGAAUAUAAAUUCUGGGUUUUUUUUCUGAUCAUUUGUUUUUGGUCUACAGAUGGGAACUGAGCUACAAGUAAAACCAUCAGUUAAUUUGAGAAUGCUUGUCGGAUUGGUUUAACUUCACGGAAAUCACACUAAAGCUGAACUGAUGAAAACCUGACAGCAUUUUCGUACAUUUCUUGUACUCAAGUGUAUCUGCUUCAUCUCCGUUACCAGUCACGGAGGCGGAGAUCAAAGCCUUAAGUCGUCAAACUCGUAUUUGAUGUCGCUUGUCCCAUCUGUGGAGGCCAUUUUGCAUCUGUAAUUAAAUAAACAACAUGAAAAUUGUGCAGAUAAAUCAAAGAGAAUUUGUUCUUUACUCUGACUGUAUCACAUUUUCCAGGUCCUUUUUGAAGUGGAAGUAGCAUGUACUUAGUGGUAGUAAUACUCAGAACUGUAAAAAAAAAAAAUAUUGUAUCAAGAAAACAGUCAAUGUGUGGCUCUGUGUCUCCUCCUACUAAAAAGGUUUUGGCAGGCCACCUUUUUUGUACGUAAAGUAGCCUUGAUGAACAAUAAAGUGCUUUUAAACCAC